UCGUUAAAGAUGUCCAAGAAUUCUAGUAGUCCCAACCUUAUAACCGAAAUUCUUUCCCGUCAACGCCGGCAACGGCGAUACCGCUCAGCUCGUCCGGCGGUCAGAACGGUUACCCAAGGAUUGCAAGUGACUGUUCCAAAAACAGCAUCACACCGUUUAUACCGCCGCAAGAAACAGUUUCAAAAAGCGGUUGACAUUUUCGUGCACAGUUCUUGCAAAUUCGAUCAGGUGAAUGAACCGCAACGAAGCAGAUCAACGACAACCCGAUCUCACAAGCUUGCGGAUAGAAUGCUGUCUAAAUUUUUGAACCUUCCUCGUGUGGAACAGCUCCGCUAUUUUCGCUGUGCUGACAUGAUGAACGCGCAGAACCGGGUAACUGUAUGUUCGGAUCCGUUUCUACUAUUUUUGCAAGAUUUCACACAAGAAUGCAAUGAGCUUAAAGCUCUGGAAAGGACACAUUUUCCACCGAGAAGAGCAAGUCGGACAGAAAACUUCUUAUCGGACGAUCUAGAUGAUAUUGACAUCGAUGAUCCUUUGCUAGAUGAGCUGCCGGUUUUGGAACAGGCAUUAUCAAUAGCGAAACAGGCAUGGGACGGGCUCUCGGACGAAGCAAGAGAACCGUAUCGCUUUCGAGCAAUACUGGCAGCAUUCUUUCCUGUUUCAAUGGACCAAGCAUUCUGAUCAUUUGGUCGAUUUAAUGUAACAACUUCUUUGAACAUUUUGAUUCUAAUGAUACGGGUAGAAUUUUCUGGUCGACGAAAAUAAUAUUAUUUGCGGGUUUAAAAUCAUGCUACAAUAUAAUCAUUAAAACAUUUUAUGAUAUUGUUGCAAACAUUAUCAAUAAUCUCAAAUCAUCUUCCCUUUUGGCGCUACAACCUCGAAAUGUCUAGGCUUGCCAGUUUUGGC